AUGAUGUGGGAAUGGGACGAUUGCGAAAACAAUAACCCCAAAUCUGACCAACCCGAACCCGAUUCUCAUCUCAACUUCGAUUUCUUCUCCGCCCUCUCCAAACCCAAGGAUUAUUACAAGAUACUGGAAGUGGAUUAUGAUGCUACGGAUGAUGAUAUUCGCUCCAAUUACAUUCGUCUCGCUCUGAAGUGGCACCCGGACAAGCAGAAAGACCAGGAUUCUACUACCUCGCGAUUCCAGGACAUAAACGAGGCCUACCAGGUUUUGAGUGAUCCAGUUAAAAGGAGGGAAUAUGACAUAAACGGGAUGCGUUUCGAAUAUGAUUACAACAUCGUUGAUUAUCUUAAUCGUUACAAGGGCCUUAUCUUGACGUGCAAUGGCCUAGGCAUAAAGCAAUCGAUAUGGUAA